CUCUCUCUCUCUCUCUCUCUCUCUCUCUGUGGAACUGGGCUGCUUCGGUUUCCACCUUUUGUUUAUCUUGCUGAGUAAUCUCUGUGGUUGAUUCACGAUAAAGCUCAUAUUGCACUCAAGGUGUUUGAUCAAAUGCCUAGCUGAGACUCCAGGUCGAAAUAUUGGCAAUAACCGUGUUCUUCAUUGUUAGCUGCUGAGAAGACAAGUGAAGAUCUCCGAGUAUGUUGAGGAACGUGAUGCCUUGGAACAGAAGCGAUCACAAUGUAGUUGGAUUGAUAAUUAGGCAUUUUGCAACGAAACCGAAGCCGAAGAUGAAACCGAUCGAGCUCAACACACCACCAGAGCAAACACAGACGAUCACCCGAGUGAUCUUUGAUAUUUUGAAGGAACAUGGACCUCUCACCAUUGCUGAAACUUGGGAUCGUGUCAAGGAAGUGGGAUUAAGAGGGCUAACGAGCAAGCGUCACAUGAAGAUAAUACUAAGGUGGAUGAGAGAGAGACAGAAGCUGAAGCUAAUAUGUAACCAUGUUGGUCCUCACAAGCAGUUUUUGUACACUACUUGGUUCACUAAACACAACCCUUCUAAAUCACUUAAGUUGCCGGAAAAUCUCACUGGCAAAUCUUCCGGCAACCCUAAACUUCCAUGAGCCGACACCGUUUUUUUAAGACUUAGUCUCUUGAAAUCUUCGUUUUUACUUUAACGUAAUUAAAAUGUCUUUCUUUCUUGACAAGUUUCUCUCGAUGUUUAUGCUUCUAAACACUUUUAUUGUUACUUUCAUACAUUUAACUGUGACCCAUUGAUCACU